CGGCCACAACCGGAUAUGUACGUACUUACCUAUGUACGUACUCAUUAGGUCAACAGAUGUAAAGUCAUCAUAAGUACGAUUUGUACCUUGAAUGGGUAAAGUGGGUAAAGUGGGUUGCACAAACACAAAGCAUUGGUUCUCGUCGUCAUUUUUCCCACCUCCAGUACAAAUCUAGCCACCUCACCAGCUUCUUCAGCUCUCUUUUGCCAAUACGACACAAUACGACAUCAUCGAACUUCAAGACAUCUCAUACCCACCAACAUUUAUCCUCUCUACCUUACAACAGUAGCACGCGACUACGCCUUCAUCCGAGAAUAUAUUUUUGAUACUUUUUUCAAUACUUUAUUUUUCCAACCGAGAAUAAAGACUACCUCUGUUUCUUUUCCUGCCGUUUCCGAGAAAAUGGCUCCUCCGCCCUCUGCGAGUCUACCUCUCGGUGAGAGGAUUCUAGCUCUGGCCAAGACUUUACAGUUUGCCUGGUUUAGCGGACACCUUCUACUUCUUUUAAGUCUUUUCCGAUAUUCCAUCGGCCUUAUCGCAUUCAACUAUACCUCGCGUUGGGCUCGGUUUACCUAUCGCACAGCUUUCUUCUCGGCGGCCCUAACGUACGGGAUCGUUGUAUACAAGACAUGGCGAGCUCGACAGAAGGUCGGGGCCAAGAGUCCAGGAGUUCUAGGUCUUCUCGCAGAUGAGAACGUUCAAUAUCUUGCCAUGGCAGUUGUAUGGUUCCUAGCUCCUCAGUACACCUUCGCUCUGUUUCCGUAUGGAAUUUAUUCCAUAUUCCACGUCGCAACCUAUACGCGAAGCAACCUUAUUCCCACUAUCCAGCCCAAUAAGAUUCCCGCUGGUGCUUCUCCUGGUGCCAAACCGCAGUCCGCUAGCCCUCUUGCUGAGGCCAUCGGGAACUUCGUAAAGCAAUAUUAUGACACGUCAAUGUCUGUUGUUUCGGCCCUAGAGAUUCUACUUUGGUUCCGAUUGUUUCUAUCGGCAGUAUUCUUCCAACGUCGUUCUUGGAUUCUUAUUACUAUAUACACUGCAUUCCUCCGAACUAGAUUCGCACAAAGCACACAUGUUCAGGACUCCUUCAGAAGGCUCGAAUCAAGAGUUGAUUCCUUAGUUGGCGCCCAGGGUAACCCUCCGGCUGUGCGCUCUGUUUGGGAAGGCAUCAAGAGCGUUGCGCGCCAGUUCCACGAUGCUACGGAUCUUGGCAAGUAUACGAACGGAUCUGCGGUGCCCAAAAAGACUUCCUAAGUCUACAUGGUACACCUUAUCUUCAAGAAGGCCAAUCGUAAUUAUACGCCUACGGUGAUAUGGCGUAGAAACGCAUCUGCCUGGGUGUGGAGGAGGUGGGCGAGAUUAAGACCGUAUACGAUACCGCGCAACGAAGUUCGGGAGGCAAGUUGGUUGCGGUUGUUGUUGGUGGUGGUGGGAGGUGCAUUAACGCAGUCAGCCAUGGUCAUGGAGUUCAGAAUGAGAAGUAGAUAGGCUCCACGCCAGGGGUAGUUGUGGAUGCCCUGCUUCUUGAGUUGGUAAACGGGAAAGAAGAGCAGAAUUCGACGGCUUAUUUUGCCUUAGUCAAAUCAUUGGGCUUUUGUUACACUUGUUUCACACACCAGUUUCUAACCUGAAGUACCUAGAUAACUUCGCAUCCAGGUUCCUCUUAUUGGCAGUUGGCCGAGGUUUGUUAAUACUCGGCAAGAAUUCACUAAGGAGGCCUGGAAUGUAAUAAACCCCUUAGUUCCAAAUUUAUAGGCGUUUAUCCGCUGA